AACAAAGACCGGGAGAUAAUCGGGACGCCAGACUCGGCGUACAAAACGAUGGAAUGGAAGGAGGUGAGGGAGAUAGUUCGUACGACCUCCCCGCAUGACCCAAUCAUAUGAAGAGCAUGGAAUUGAUGAAAAGUACUCAGGCACCGACCGCGUAGACAGAUUCCAGCGAAAACCUAGCGAGCUGCGGCGGUAUCGCGAGUUUACAUAUCGUCUUGAGAAAGAGUAUGGGGGGAUUAUGGAGUUUAUUGUUAAUGAGAGGUUGAAGUGGAAGAGUAUGGAACCGAAAGGCCGGCCAUUUGAGUUCGAUGAAGAUGUCAAGAUUCUAUACAAUGACUGGCCCUACGGAAUCGACCCUGCCAUCAUCCACCUCGUCGUCUGGACUAAAUUCGAACUCGAAGACGACCCGGAGACCGGUGUGUCGACGCCAGAAUCACGCAAGCAGAUCGACGAGUAUGUGACGAGGGUGUUUGGGGGGAGAGAAGGCGAUGUUGUGUGGUUCAAGAACUGGAAGAGUUUGAAGAGUGUGCAUGCAGUCGAGCAUUUUCAUGUGAUGCUGUACAAACCGGACGCAGAGUUUGUGAGGGAGAUUACGAACAGUGAUGUGCCGAUGACGGAGACGUUUGACGGAGGGUUUUGAUUUUACAUUACCGUUGAGGAGUCUGGUUGUGCAGGGUCUUGGUUUGUCGAAGUACCAGGAACC